CAAACGCGAGAUUAGCGGCGAAACGCAGCUAGCGCUGAUCUGACGAUAACAAGCGGGCGGGUUUCAGCCUCCGCAACGUGGCUUCGGUUUGCCGUGUCGCCGGUUCGUGUCGGGACUCAGCCUCGGCCGGAAGGGUCGUUUUAAAGAGAACCGAGGUGCUUUCUGCAACCGGGCGACCGUCACACUAAACCGCCGUCCGCUUAGCCGCGGCGAAGUGAUUUUUGUCCAUCCUUCAUCAUGAAUUUCAUCCUGGAAACUCUCCAAGUACUCCUCUUGUCCCUCUGGUACAGUCUGGAGUCCUUUGUCUAUCUUUUCCUCCCUUCAAAGAGGAAGAAUGUGGCUGGGGAAGUGGUAUUGAUCACAGGGGCCGGGAGUGGUAUUGGACGCCUCAUGGCCCAGGAGUUUGCUGCUCUCGGUACAGUGCUGGUGUUGUGGGAUAUAAACCAGGAUGGGAUGAAAGAGACUGCUAGGUUGGUGAAAGAGGGAGGAGCCAUCAGAGUUCACUACUAUCUGUGUGACUGUAGCGAUAAGGCAGAGGUUUACCGAGUGGCUGACCAGGUGAAGCGGGAGGUUGGAGAUAUCAGUAUACUGGUGAACAAUGCAGGUAUUGUGACUGGAAAGAAGUUCAUGGACGCACCUGAUUCUCUGAUUGAGAAGACUAUGGAGGUCAACGUCAUGGCUCACUGUUGGACUUACAAAGCAUUUCUACCUGCAAUGAUAGCCAACAACCAUGGUCACUUGGUCAGCAUUGCCAGCUCUGCAGGACUCAUUGGAGUUAAUGGUCUAGCAGACUACUGUGCCAGUAAGUUUGCAGCAGUAGGUUUCGCUGAGUCGGUGAGUCUGGAACUGCUGGCGACUGGGAAAAAUGGCAUCAAGACCACAAUUGUCUGCCCGUACUUCAUCAACACUGGAAUGUUCGACGGCUGUCAGACCAAAUGGCCCCAUGUCCUGCCUAUUCUGGAUCCACACUAUGUUGCUAAGAAGAUCAUCCAGGCUGUCCUAACUGACCAGGUUUACCUGCUAAUGCCCAGGAGCAUGUACCUCAUUGCUGGACUCAAGAAUAUACUGCCCAUCAAACAGGGGGUUCUCCUGGGAGGGUACCUGGGAGCCUUCAACAUCAUGGACGGUUUCCUAGGACAUGGCAAGAAACUGAAGUAAGAAGGGAGGAGUCUACGUUGAGCUGAAGAAGAAGAUGGAGAGAAUUCAAGAAGUGCUGAAAAGAAAGGAGACACUUGUGCUUCUAAAGUACCACCUCCCAUCCUGGAGGAAGCCAUGAAGACAGGUUUCAGUAGACUGAUAACCCUUCAGUCAGCUGUAUGAUGCAGACAUAAUUUUAUACUAAGCACAAUAAGCUUUGCAAAAAAAAAAGAUCUGAUUCUAAUUUACAUGUUUUUAUGUAAUUAACAAACAAAUUGUAAUGUGAAAGUCGCUGCCCUAACAAGAUACCGUGGUAUUUUUUAAUUUUCAUCUUCCAGGUAGUCGUUUUAUGGGCAAAACAGUUUUGCAUUUGCAUUUCUUAGCCGUCCUCAACCAUUCUACUUUCAGGCUACCGAAAAUGUUUCAUCGUUGUCAAAGCGAACGGCUCACCUCAAGCGUGUCCAUUAGCAGCAUUUAUAUUUGGCUUGAUUUAAAGUUAAUAACAAUGCCAAGGCAUCACUUUUCAGUUUAUGGAAAUUCAAAUCAAAUCCUCGUCUAUCUGGUACACGGCUUGGACGACAGGGCUGAAGGUGGUCAGUUGCCUUGCCAUUUCCGCCUUCGUCAUUUCACUUAAGCACACUUGAAGACAGAUUAUUACGAGUGCCUCUUGUUAUGUUGGAUUGUAGCUAAUAUAACCUUAUUUUUUUAAGUGUUGAUAUCCUUCAUCCAUCCAUGUUUUGAAAUUAAUGAUGACAAAUUUAUUUUAGUGUGGCUGGUUUUUAUCUGUAACUCCUUUUUGUAACCGUUAACAGAAUUAUCUGCAAUAUUUUUGGUUUAUUUUGUCCUGCUUUCAAACCAAGUGCAAAAACAAAAAGUCCUUGUGUUGCCCUGUCCCUGGUAUGUGAAAUGCCAUGAUGCUGCAUAGUGAACUCAUCAGGGAUGUAUUACUGGGCGUUAGAAGAAGAGUACAGAUUGAAAGUUGUUGUUUGGUACAUGCCUGCAUGUUUUGUGUAGCUGUACAAAUAGUGACAAAAGGCACUGUAGUUACAUAGGAAGUGGCAUGUGUAUCUCUUUUUCCUGCGGUCUCCAGAGGACCAGCAGCAGUCACAGGGGGCCGUGUCUCUAAGAAAGUUCUGCCGUUGUCCCGCACAUCAGUCGUUCCCCGUGCUCUGACAGGACGCUCAGCAAGCUACAGUUUCUAGGCAACGUAAAUCCACACAAUCAUCAGUUUUGUUUGAUAUCGCAUAGCAACAACAUUUAUUCCACAGAGUAGAAAGUGAGUCCGUGGGGGCUAAAAAAAAAAAAGUUUCACUAUUCGGUGUCACUUCUCUUUUUUUUAAACGCUCAGGCUUUAGAUCCACCAAAUAUAUUUAUCAUUGACUUACAGUAACGCAAAGCUGUCCCAAAUCUUGGACACAAUAAUUUCUUUCUUCUUUUUUUUCCCCAUUUAGCUGGAAAAUAUUGUCUCAAUGUUGCCAGUCCAACACUCAUUAGUGGUAGUUAGAAUUAGAUUAGGUCAUUACAUGGUGCGGAAAUGUUGCCUCGGAAAUAAAGAUCAGUGCUGCAGAUUUGGCAGUUUGAAGGAACUGAGCUGACUUCCUCCCUCCCUCCCUCCCUCCAUCCAUCCCUCCAUCCAUCCAUCCAUCCAUCCAUCCAGCCAUUAUCUUUACCCGCCUAAUCCAAUUCUGGAUCACGGGGCCUAGACAUUGUUUUCAGUGAUAUCAUCUAUAUGUGUGUGUGUGUGUGUGUGUGUGCCUCGUUAAAUUUGGGAGUUUUGGAAAGCUGUUUCCUAACUGAAUUAUUGCUGAUCUUUAAAGAAGGAAGCCCCUAAAACGAAACGUUCUUCUUAUUCCCCGGUACCACCGAGUCAUCGCUGAACGCUGACCGACGUUUUCGUCUUAUUUCUCGCGAUGGGAGACAAUAGUGAAUGUCUCCUUUUGCAGAUUGAAGUGUUCCUUAGAAAAUGCGGUAACAGUCGAACUCUGACAUUGACUGACAUGCCCCUUUUUAUGGCUUAUUGUCAGCCUCUGAAAGUGACCACCGACGUGUCUUCCAUAACUGAUGCUUUGCUGAAGUUUGCUCUAAUGCUGCUGAUAUCAGUCAUCCCUUUGUUUGUUAUUGUAUUUCGUCGUGAUAUAUCUUUUCAUUUGGUGCAGUGUUGUGAGGUCCAAGCCAUUUCAAAAACCGCACCUUGCAUAUGUGUCUCUGUAAGUCCUCGCCCAGCCCAGGCAUCAUACUCAGACCGCCUCGUUUCCAGAAAUGUCUCUUAUACCUGACAGGUGGAGUUGCAAACCUUGCUAGCGUAGCAGUGUAAUGACCACGGAUGUGUAGACUCACUAGCUUGUCUAACGGGUCAGACCGUUUAGUUGACUGGUUAGCGCAGUCGCCCGUGGUGCGGGGAACCCAGGUUCGAUUCCCGGCUGCCCCCUGAUCCGUGGUCGUUACACUGUUAACACUAGCUUUGGGUCCAGAUCACACAAGACCGUUGUAGACAGUAGUCCAGGUUUACACUUCCCUUCCUUGAAAAAAGCACAAGGAGUCCUCUGUCGCCAGUUUGAUAUUCUCUUUCAACUUAAGGAACCACAACCCCAGUGACCAUGAGCCAUAGUCCCAAACCCGCUCUAACUAGGGUGUAUCAAUGCAAUGGACAAAUGCAGAAGUACAAUAUAAGAUCUGGUGGUUUUUUUUUUUUUUUUUGUUCUUGAUCUGCAAGUUGUCUUGGUAAAAAUGUGACAGGAGAUGCAAAAAACUUCGAUUUUCAUUAUUAUAAAAUCUAAAACUUAUUAAGGAAUAGUGUGAAAGAAAAGAACUAUUUUUCCCCAAAAUGGAUAUCCAAAGUUAAACGGGUUCUUAUACGUUAGUCAUAAAACUUAGUACACACCAUAAGUACAGUGUAAAGACUCGACUCGGGUAAAGUUGAUAUUUUUGGGUAAUGGUUAACGCUAGUAUUGCUUUCCAGCGGUUUGGCAGAUGGAAUGAAAUCCAUGUGGUUUGGUUAGCAUCGCAAGCUACACAUGACAGUUAAGCCCUAUGGUGGAAAACUUACUUUUAACCCUGGUAGUCAGAAAAUUUGUGGUUCAUAUAGCCUUAAAAAUUGUGUGUUGUGGGCAUUUAUUUGAUUUAUCAUAUAUGCAUGUAAUGUUACAUAUAUGGUCUUAUGUAACAGAGUUUUAUCACUGACACAUUGUUGAUUAAAUGUAACAUUUGCUGUUAUGUUCAGCACUGGUGAAAUGUGUCUUUUACAUGUGUCUAAUGGACUGUAAUAAGGAUAACGAGCUUGUUGUCAUAAUUGUGAAUAAUAAAGCUGUUAAUGGACAAAAA